UGAGGGGUAACUUUACAUCAAUACUCAAAGAUACAUUUAAGAGAAUGAUGCAGAGAAACUUCUGCUGUUAUUUAAAUAAGACAAAAAUUUCCUUUGGUACAGAUCCAAAGGCUGAUCGACGGGAGAGAUUAGGAUCAUUAUUGGAUGUAUAGUACAGUGGAUUACAGUAAUCCAGAGCACACUGAGUGCUGCUGCUCUCUGUCGCUUCAGAUCUGAUCAACACGAUGGACCCUAAGAUUGUGAACGUGUUACUGCUGCUUCUAGCUCAAGUUUUCAUUAAUGUCAACACUCAGGUGGAGUCAGAGAUACCGUGGCCUUAUGAUGAUGAGGACGACAUGAAUCCAAAGGACAACCAAUCACAGACGGGCUGCAGCUGUGACUGUCAGCAAUCUCGACCCACCGGCAUUCCACCUACCACCUCCAUCAGAACCAGCCCACCAACACUCAGCCCUUACCUGGACUGCAUGCCGGAGUGUCCUUAUCACAAACCGCUGGGGUUCGAGGCGGGAUCUGUGCGUGCGGAACAGAUCACAUGCUCCAAUCUGGAUCAAUAUGUUGGCUGGUUCUCCUCCUGGACUCCGAAUAAGGCCAGACUGAACGGCCAGGGAUUUGGGUGCGCAUGGCUGUCCAAAUUUCAGGACACCAGUCAGUGGCUUCAGGUGGAUCUUCUGGAGGCGCGUGUGGUGUCGGGAGUCCUAACUCAGGGACGCUGUGAUGCUGACGAAUGGACCACCAAAUACAGUCUGCAGUACAGAACCCACGACAACCUCAACUGGAUCUAUUACAAAGACCAGAACGGAAAUAACCGGGUGUUUUAUGGAAACACGGAUCGCUCCUCCACGGUGCAGAAUCUCCUGCGGCCGCCAAUCGUGGCGCGGUACCUCCGGGUCCUGCCUCUGGGCUGGCACACACGCAUCGCCAUACGCCUGGAACUGCUCUUGUGCAUGAACAGAUGCAUCUGACUGGAUGAAUUGUGCAUCUCUAUUACAUAAAUACAACGGAAAACUGUUUGUCUGAAAAACUAAUAACCAUAGC